GGCAAACUUUCGGCCGUGGCAGAUCAAGGCCUACAAUGGAACGACGGACCCCCAAGAUCAUUUGUCUAAGUUCUAUGCUUCCAUGCAAGCGGUGGCAGCCCCGGACGAGGUCAAGUGCCGAAGCUUUCUCGCGACGUUGGAGGGCUCCGCGUAUGAUUGGUUCAACCGGAUCCCAAAAGGAAACCAUUGACGAUUGGGAUACGCUAGCGGAGAAGUUCCUAACGCACUUUGCGGCCAACAAGAGGCAAAGGCUGCCCUACUCCCACCUGCUCAACAUCUGCAUCCGCAAAGGAGAAGUCCACGGGGCGGACGACCAAGCCUUGGUGGCCAUGUUCCAAGCAGCCCUUCCCCGCGGAGAAGUGAGGAAGGAGCUCCGCAAGAACCCUCCCCCCACGUACCAAGAGACCUUGGCACGCGCUAAGUUCUUGGCCUCGGAAGAGUUCGAUGAUGCCCCCGACUACGAGGCCACGUCGGCCAAGCGAGCCCCCGCAGAUUCGGGGGAGAUAGCGAAGAAGAGGAGGAAGAAGAAAGACUACACCGCGGGCCCGAGGACGCCCUCGGCUGGUGUGUACUCCGUGGGCACACUCGUGGGGACGGAUCGAGAGCUUGCCCCCUCCCCGCUCCCUCAAAUAGAGGCUUACGCGGUGUCCAGCAGCGUCAAGUACUGCGAGUAUCAUCGCAACAACACUCAUAACACUAAGGAAUGCUUCACUCUUCAGAAGAAGAUGCAUCGACUUAUCGCCCGAGGGCCGGCUCCGCGAGACGAUGGGGCAGCCUUUUCCCAGGCCAUCGACUACUUCACCAAGUGGGUGGAGGUAGCCCCAUUGGCGAGCAUCAUCGGAGCUCAAUGCCAGAAGUUUCUCGCAAAGCAAGUCAUCUGCUGCUUCGGCGUACCCGAGCAUAUAAUCACAGACAAUGGGACACAAUUCGAGUCCAAGACCUUCAACGACUUCCUUGAAAGUUGGGGGAUCAAGCACAGCUAUGCGUCGGUUGGGUACCCACAGACGAACGGGCAGGUCGAGAACGCCAACCGAACGAUAGUCGACGGGCUGAAGUUGAAUUUAGAAGCUUGCGGAGGGGAGUCGGCAGAAGAGUUGCCCUACAUCCUAUGGACCUACCGGACCACGCCCCGAAGGGAAACCAGGGAAACUCCCUUCGCCCUAUGCUACAAAUUCGAGGCAAGGGAACCCACAGAGAUCUCCAUCGCAACCCCGAGCGCAAUGAGGAAGUCCUGGCAGGCGAGCUCCACCUCGUGCAUGAAAGACGAGAAGCGGCCUUCAUACGGGCAGAGAAUUAUCGAAGGAAAGUGAAGAGCUACCAUGACGGGGCGUGGAUUCAUCGAAGGAGAUUGGGAAAGGACGGUGAGCCGCCCCCUAGAUUGGGUGCUGCUGAGACCAUUC